GGCAGGAAUAAAGUAUUUAAAAUGAAAACCACGGAAUUUACUUUACUCGAAAACCUUUAUUUUUUCUUAAGUAAAUAUACAUUUUAAUGAGCGCAUUUGCUUUCGAGCACACUACGAACAACAUAAACUUGAUAUGGACUGUAUGAUAACGGUAUUGAUAAUAUUAUUACUGAUUGAAGUUAUACUCGAAAUCAAACAAUAGUAAAUAUUAUAAAAAAAAUUACGUGAAAUAUUUGGAUGCUUUUAAAUGGCAGUGCAUACAUAAAAAGUGUACUGUGAAAAUAUAUGUAGAUCAAGCAGUUAAGAACAUUUAAAAAAAUGAAAGUACACAUAAUGUCAACCAUCACCAAGAAACUGAAUUAAGUAUAACAAAAAAAUCAUUUUCCAAUGGACUCAAACGAAAAUCGGAAGACGAAUUGGAAAGGCCUUCAAAAGUCAUAAAUAGAGGCAUUUUAACUAAUCCAGAACUAACACAAACGUUUGCAGGUACAGAUAUCAAUAAUAUUUAUCAAUUUUUAUACCGUUCUCGUAGAUCGUCAUAUCCGAAACUCCCAACAAAUAUUAUAGAAGUAAUCAACGUAAUGAGCGAGCGUCAAAUUAAAACUGUCCAGGACGAAAACUUUAUUCUUGUUGUUGAUUCAGUAAACAAAAUUAUAUGUUUUUCGAAUUUAAAACUUCUUUGUUCAGUAGACAAAAUAUUUGUGGAUGGUACUUUUACCUACUGUCCAAAAUAUUUUCUUCAGCUUUUUACUAUACACAUCUUCAAGAACGGACAUUAUAUUCCACUCGUGUACUUCUUAUUACCAGACAAAUGUAAAGACACAUAUGCACUAUCGUUCGGAUAUGUGGUUGAAAAAUGUUCGGAAAUUAAUUUAUUAUUCACUCCGUCGAAAAUAGUUUCCGAUUUUGAAGAAGCUAUACAUAUUGGUGCAAAAACAAUAUGGCCAGAAAUACGGAUGGUUGGUUGCAGAUUUCAUUUAACACAAAAUUGGUGGAAACACAUUCAAAGUCUUGGCUUAUCAAAAGAAUAUAAAGACGCAUCAAGUGAAAUAGGUAAUUGGCUAAAAUGGGUAUUUGGCUUACCAUUACUAAAUCCAGAAGAAGUAAGCGAUUGCUUUACGACAGAUUUGAUGUCAGUUUCUCCAGAUGAUGAAAGGAUAAUUAGGUUCUGCGAUUAUUUAGUUGAAUAUUAUAUUGAUGAAGGUGCAAAAUUCAAUCCACGUAUUUGGGCAUCGAGAGAAAUAACAUAACCAGAACGUACUACAAAUAGCUGUGAGUCUUUCCACUCAAAAUUAAAUUCACAAUUCACAAAAGCUCACCCCAACAUUUUCAUAUUCACCCAUGUUUUAAAUAAAAAAUACAAACUGACACUUACAUACCUACAUAUAAACGGAAUAAACAUCGAGAAAAAUAAAAAAAAUAGUGCUUUUAACAAAAAAAAACAAAGUAUUAAAAAUUUAUCAAAUGAUUUGAACGAUAAUAAAAUUUCUAGGUUCACUUAUA